AUGAAAAAUGAAAUACUAUAUGGAACGACAUUUAUUUUGUUCCUCGUCAGCUACUGCUUCCAGCCAUUACUCAUCGACAUUAUAAAGUACAAUGGAUGCGGCAACUCCAGCACGUUCAUAUUUCUGCUGCCGCACUACUUGUCCAUGAUAAUUGUAGGAUUCCUACCGAAGAAACAAAAGUUGAAAGAGUGCAAAUGGAUGAAGAUCUUUUUUGUUUCCAUGUUGGAUUUAGUAAAUCAAGUGUUAAAAAAAAUAGGAUUAAUAUAUGCAGGCUCAGCUCUGUACAUUAUUAUUGACAGCUGCACGUUGAUAUUUACAGCAAUAUGGAGGAGACUACUGCUGAACAAAAAGAUCAACUGUUUUCAGUUGAUUGGAAUUUUAUUAAUAACAUUUGGCAUAGCUAUAAAGUCGAAUAAUCUCAAAUUUGAAAUUAACAAAGAAGAAAUUAUCGGAGUUUUUUUAAUUAUUGUGAGUAAUAUCCUCAUGGGACUAACAUUUGUACUCAACGAAAAGUACAUGGGUGAAAUGGAAGGACAGAACAUUGUGUGCUUAAUGGGCAUAUUCAGCUUUUGCUUUGUCAGCCUGUGGACAGUCAUAUGGACUAUCCCGAACUUUGAUCAUCUCAUUAUGGAAAAUAUAAAGAAGAAGAAGGGAAACGUUAACACCAUUUGGUUAAGUUUUUUGGGACUCUUCGUCUUUAACUUCAUCACGUCGUCCACCCUGUGGUACAUCAUGAAGAUUAGCGGUUCACUGACCGUUGGAAUUCUCAAGGGACUCAAAGUCGCCAUUAUUUUUCUUUUCAGUCAUAUUUUUUUUUGUAAAUAUGAUUCCAAGCAAUGCCUCAACUUCCACUCCUCCCUUUCAGUUUUUUUUUGUAUUUUGGGGGUCCUCAUAUAUUCGUACAACGAAUUUCUGUUGAUCCUUAUGAGCAAGGUGUAUAUGUGCACGCGACCGAAGGUCAUUGUCUAG